AUGUCGAAGAAGGGUUUGGAAAAUAUAAAGCCUGCUGUAGGUGAAGCGGUUCCCUUCGAGUGUCCUUUCAGAGAGUUCCGAGAUAACGAACUGCAAAUAGAUAGUUGGGGUUUGGGUCCAGCCGCCUUGAGAGUUCACAAUUUUGUAGUAAAAGCAGCUGUGAAGACCUCACAUGAGCAACAGAUCUGGACUGAUGACCAGACCCAGCCCCUACCGCGGUCAGCACACCACUUCCUCCACGGAUGGAUUAGAGCUGAAGAACUGGCAGACGAUAGAUGGGGGGCUGAAGUACACAUUUUUGAGAUAGAACAUCAGUCGGAAGUAUUUUCAUGUAGUUUCGGCCAGGAAGGAUGGCGACCGAAGUAUCAUAUUUACUCUCCCGGAAUGAAACCUGGAGGAGGACCGCAGCACAAGCCUACUUUAUCUAAAAAUGGGUGCUACCUAGUACGUCUCUUUUACCUGGGUACGUGGCGCUGUGUCUGGGUCAGUGACUACGUUCCAGUAGACUCCAACGGAGCACCCCUGCUACCAUUCUCGCCCCUUCUGACCCAUCCGCCAGGGAAACCAGGGUCGAAGCAAGUACCACCAGCUGUGAUCUCUGGUAGAACCUGUGUGACGUACGUUAUUCUCAUGGACACCAAAGACUGCCCUCCGUACCAGCUCCCAGGGAUAACGCCAGGGCAUGAGAUGAGCCUGCUCGUCAUGAUGGCCAGGGAUCUACCUCUGAAGAAACCUUUGCCAGAACCAGGUUGA